AUGCAGCGCCGCUUCAUGCAGCGGAAAAAGGACCAAAUUCUUCGAGUAAAGCAACAGGUCCAGCGACUCGAGAGAGAGUUCGAGCUGUUGCAGGCGAAAAAGCAACUGAAGACAGAGAAUGACGCAUUAAAAGAAGGUAUCGACAGAAUAAUUCGAGACCACUACACGCCGUUGACGACCGCCGAUUGGGAUGAUCUUUUGAGGAAAAACUUGCUGGAGUUUGAGGCUUCGAGCUGUGAGAAGAACUAUGCUAGUACAGAAGCUGUAGUGCUGGGCUGGAGUCAUCGCCGAAAGAGCGACGUGGCUAAAGGAACGACGCGCUUCGUAAUGACCAAGCGGUUUGCGCAUCUCAACGCACACGAUUUCCACAAGACGACGUAUGACAAGCUGUGCAAACCAGAGACACAUCCAAAACUCUUUCAUCCUGCAGUGACGAUCCGGAUGCAAAAUCUUCAGGAAAUAAACAAGGACGGCGUCGUGCUGCAUCGCUGUAUAUUCAAUCCGCAGACUGCCGCAGCAAACCCGCGCGGGGAGCCCGCGAAGCAGGGCCGCGCGGUAUUUGCGGAGGCGGGCCCAGCGCCGAGCUCACCAGCGAGCCGCGCAUUGCACUUCCCAGGCUCCGUGGUCGUCGCCUUCUCGCUGUUUGUCCCGCUCUUUGACGUCGCGACACUGCUGUGGAAACUCUGUGAAAUGGAGUCGACGUCUGCGCUGCCUCCAACUGCGGAUUUACCUGCUAGCUGGACGCCUACGGACCAGCGCAUCAUGGAGCAUUUGCUGUUGGACCAGUCGGAUGUGGAGGAACAUUACGAUGCAGCUCAUCAAGAUGCACGGAAUUCCCCGCGAACUGUGGAGCUCAAUAGGGCUGAAGACAAGCCCAAACCAAAGCAGAGCACUACGAAGCGUACUGUUAGUCCUGCUAAAGCGGAUGACAGUAACAAGGCCAAGCGGGUGGAGGAGGACAGACGAGCGCGUCAUCGAGAAGUACAGAGACGCUUUAUGCAGCGCAAGAAGGCAGAGGUGGAACGCACCAAGACACUAGCGCAGACACUGGAGAAAAAAUACCGGUAUCUCGAAAUUUCGGCGGAAGAGAAGAGCUUGAAGGUCGAGAACCGUGGGCUUCAAGGACGAGUGGACGCUGCGGCGUCCUCAGUGCCUCGAGUGCCUCAUGUGGACCCUGUUCAGCUUUUGAUGCAGAAUCAGAUGGAGCUUGUGAAGGAGUUUUACGAGCCGAUCACGCCUCAUGUUUUAGCGAGUGUGCAAUACAAUGCGCAACAAGAGUACGAGCUCUCUCGACACGAUGAUACGUUUAAAACUUCCGGCGCGUCAGUCAUGGGAUGGAGCGACUUUCGUAAAAUGGAGGAAUCUUCCGUUAAAUUUGUGCUCUCCAAAGGGUUUCCGAACGUACGAGCGCUGCAUUUGAUGAACUUUACUUGGGAUACACUGUCCAAUCCUGCUACGUACUCCUGCUUCUUCAGUCCUGCGUUCCCAAUCAAGGUGCAAGUUCUGCAGGUGGUUAACCGCGACGCAUUGGUGAUUCAUCGUGUGCUGUUUAACCCGCACACUCAGAGCUCGUCCAACUCGCUGGAGUUGCUGUGGCGUGUUCGGUUGGGAGAAGAAUACGUGAUUUUUGACACUGCCUUGCAGCACAACGCCGUUCAGCAAUGUCUUGGUGCUUCUUACAAGUGGACGCAGAUGACGACGUCGUUGGGUUUUGCUCCUCUUGACGUUAAUCGUGACAGCGGCUGCAUCCUCCGUCAUGGUGGCUGGAUACGCACCUCCAUCACCAACGUCAAGUUUUGGUUCACUGAAAUGUUCUUCAUGGCCUUGCGCUUCGAGAGCACAAUGGUAGCCCCAGUGUUCGCGUUGCCAUCCGAAGAAUGACGCAUAGCUCUACUCGAUACACAAAACAGGUAGUCUGGCCAUCCGGAUCGAACGGAAUAAGUCAGUUUUGAACACUAGGCGUUUGUAGAAAAUGAACUUGUACAUUGCUAGACCUUUUA